GUACGCACCUGGUUCGCACGUGGACCGACCAUGACCAGGUUCAUACUGCCGAGGACCUUGCGGUCUCGAAUAGCACCGUACCAGUCACUGUCCAAGUACGGCACCUAUGGAAAUAUAGCACCUUUCUCGACCUCGACUCGACGUCAGUCGUACGAGGACACGAUACAAAAUCUCAAGAUCGGUAAACACACGCGCGUGCUCUACCAAGGUUUCACAGGCCGUCAAGCGACAAUGAAUGCACAAGAGUCGAUAGAGUAUGGAACCAACGUGGUAGGCGGCGUGAAGCCCGGUUUUGAGGGCGAGCACCUGGGUCUGCCAGUCCUACCGAGCGUCAAAGCCGCCGUGGAGAAGCUCAAGCCCGAUGCCAGUGCCAUCUACGUGCCGGGAAAUGGUACAGUGGCGGCCAUGGAAGAGGCCAUUGAGAACGAGAUUCCACUCAUCGUGGCGGUGGCCGAGCACAUCCCCAUCCACGACAUAAUGAGGAUACACCAGAUGCUUCGGACGCAGUCCAAGACCCGGUUGGUGGGCGCCAACUGCCCAGGGAUCAUCAACACUCACGGACGAUGUCGUCUGGGGUUCCAGCCGUUGCCAUUCUUCAAGGAAGGCAAUGUCGGGAUCGUGGCGAAGUCAGGCACCCUCAGCUACGAGGCGGUAGCCUCGACCACUCGUGCCGGUCUCGGACAGACGUACGGAAUCAGCAUGGGCGGCGACGUACUCGCCGGGACGAACUUUGUCGAAGCAUUCCAGAUCUUGGUCGAAGACGAGAAGACGGAAGGUAUUGUCAUGAUCGGCGAAGUCGGCGGGAGUGCAGAAUUACGAGCAGCAGAGUGGAUCAGGGAGUAUAACAGAAAGACUGCCAACCCGAAACCGUUCAUGUCUGUCAUUGGCGGUGUUCAAGCCCCAGCACGUCGCAUUAUGGGUCACGCCGGUGCAUGGGCUGCUCCCGGUGAGGCAAGUGCUGCGCAAAAGAUUAAGAUCUUGCAGGACGUUGGAGUGACCGUUGUCGACCACCCCGAGAAACUAGGAGAGGGCAUGAAGGGACUACUGGCGGAACGAUCGAGGACCACAACGGCGUCAAGGACAGGUUCGUCACAACAGCGGAGAGGAUAUCACACCAUCCGCCACCGACCUACAACGCACAGGUCCAGAAGUUCGGUCUCGGCACAACGGCGUACACUGUACGUCAAGAAAGGACAAGCAUUCGAGAUGCUCAAGCAGAGAGGCAUCAAGAUCGUGGAUGUACCCGCAGCGAACGGCGAGAAAUUCCUCGCCAUCUCUAUCGACCGCGAAGCACGACAGCCCUGUAUAAUCGCAUCGCCUACGACAGACCCUUCUCGAGCGUUCGAGCAGUCCAAAAAGUUCCCAUUUGGCUAUGGCACCAAUGAGGCAACAUCCGAGAAGAUGCUCGAAGAUAUAGCGUCUCACUUGGGCAUUCCAUCCAACGGAAGAGGAGCACUUGGCAAGCUGGUGGGCGAGCUGGUCGACCUGUUCAUGUCCAAAGAAGCGUUUGUACUUCAGACCAAGUUUGCGGUGGGCGAUCAAGGAGAACUACAGGUUCAAGGUGCCAAAUUUGGCUUCGACGACGCCGCGUUCCGUAGCUCCAAGCGACAAGCAGACGUCCAUGCGCUGCGAGACAUGGAUAGCGAGGUGAAGGAAGAAGUGGAGGCGGAGAAAGAUGGUAUGAUCUACGUCAAACUCGCAGGGGAAGGAUCAAUCGGUACCAUUGUCAACGGUGCUGGGCUCGCCAUGAAUACGGUCGAUGCGUUGGUGGCUCGAGGUGGAUCUCCGGCCAACUUCAUGGACACCGGAGGUAAAGCAACGUCUGAAACCAUCAAGGCCGGGUUCAGAAUCGUGUCGUCCGACCCAAGGGUCAAAGUCAUCUUUGUCAACAUCUUUGGUGGACUGACUCUCGGAGAUAUGAUUGCAAAUGGCAUUCUCAUGGCAUUCAAGGAUCUGAACCUCAAGGUUCCAGUGGUCGUGCGGUUACGGGGAACGAGAGAGGCCGAAGGACAAAAACUGAUCCAGGAGAGUGGGCUGAAGCUAGAUGCUUUUGAUUCUUUCGAGGAGGCAGCAGCACGAGCUAUUUCGAUAGCCAAGGGAACAGCGACAAUGGAGUAAGAUGGAGGCCUCGUCAUUUUCACGGAGCAUUGUUUUUAGGUCGUCUACAAUGUAAUUGCAGCAUUUGAAAGCGAAUAGGGGAACGGUGCUUAUACGGCCCAGGCCGGCGGGCCCUGAAAUUGUGCACAGAACGUGCUGUAACCUUGUUUAUACUGACCUGGCUUGUGCCGUUAUGAAUAUGGUAUACAUCGGGAUACAACAGACAUUAUAUAAAGCUGGCAAAGGAACAUUCAAAACACAUACACCGGAGUAAAGUACAUAGACA